AUGAUGCUUGUAAUCCUACGAUACUACGACAUUCUAGCAGAAAUCGUGGCUGAAAUUCGAAUGAUCUACGAUUCGUCAACUAGCAUUGUAUUUGUUGGAGGCGAACAAUCAAAGGAAUUUUAUUUAACAGCAGAAGUUUUACAAAGAAAUGUGCUCCCUCCUUUCCUAUACAUCUUUGUCAUCGGCUACCUUCCAAAACAUGCAGAAGCCUACUUUGGUUAUAUCAACCAUAGCACUGCAAAGCAGGACCAAAGUUUUGAUAAUAAGACUUCACUCAAGCAUAAUGGGGAAAACAUCGAAAAAGUGAAGUAUUUCAAAAAUCUGGGUUCUUAUUUAGGAACAGCAGAAAAGGACCUGGAUGCAAGAAUCGCACUAACACGGAACAGUUCAGACUGCGACGGUGCAUCUUCAACUCAGCCUGCAUUUCCAUCCUUCUUUACGGCUGUGAAUCAUGGACAUUUGAUGAAAAACUAA